CUGGUCAGUGUUUUGCUGCAAAUGAAUGGUGCAUGACUGACGCCUUCGACCCCAGUAACGAAGAACAUCAAAAGAUCAAGGCAGAAAUUGAAUUAGGUAACGGCCUCCCGGAUGUAAGGCUGACACGCCAAUGCCUUGAAGCUCUUGAACAAGCAGGCUUCGAAGUUGUAUGGGAGAAGGAUCUUGCAGUAGACUCGCCCCUCUCAUGGUACUUGCCUCUGGAUAAAAGUCGAUUCUCACUCAGCAAUUUCCGCUCGACUGCAGUUGGACGUAUUAUCACCAAGUACAUGGUAAUGGCUCUUGAAAAAGUAGGACUUGCCCCAAAGGGGAGUCAAAGGGUUCAAGCUUUCUCGGAGAAAGCAGCAGAUGGACUUGCUGCUGGUGGAAAGAAAGAAAUUAUGACAGCAGUGUAUUUCUUUUUGGCUCGGAAGCCUUAUUUGGACGAAUAGUGGCCUGAAACUGUGAACAAAUUGUGCUGUACUAUUUAGUCUUGAUCUUGGAGAAGCUGGCCAAUGUAGAUUGCUAUUGGUUAUAAUCUGCCUAUGAUUUCCUGUGAUAAAACACUAAAAUAAAAUAUUCUACUGAUAUUGCCUUU